UCUCAAAGAUAGGAGAGAAAAAAAAUGAGCACUCCUUUUAUUUUAUUUUAUUAUAUAAUAUACAAAGAUAGCAUAUUUCAUCAUUUGAUUUUGCGGUUAACCUCUCACACUCUUACACACUCAACUCAGAGUAACCACCACAAUGGGCGAGGAGAAGAAGAAGAGCGAGGGUGGAGAAAACAAUGUGGUGUUGGAGGUGGAUUGCAGCUGCGAUGGCUGCUUUUCCAAGAUCAGACGCUGCCUCCGCUCUUACCCCGGCGUCGACAAUGUCAAGGCGGAGACCGAUACCGGAAAGAUAACCGGAACCGGAAAAGUUUCAGAUCCCGCCAAAAUGAAGGAGAGGCUUGAGAAGAAGCUCAACAAGAAGGUGAUUCUUAUCUCACCUCAGAUCAAGAAGGAGAAAAACAACAACAAUGGCGACCAUAAUAAAGAGAACAAAACCGACGGCGAUAACAAGGAGAAGAAAUCCAAAGAGAAAGAGACUCCGGUAAUGACGACGGCGGUUCUGAAGGUGGCGCUCCACUGCCAGGGAUGCGUCGACAAAAUCCGCAAAACUGUCUCCAAAACCAAAGGGGUGAAUGAAAUGGAGAUAAACAAAGAGAAAGAUACGGUGACAGUGAAGGGGACCAUGGACGUCAAGGCUCUGGCUGCGAAUCUAACGGAGAUUCUCAAGAGGAAGGUGGAGGUGGUCCCACCCAAGAAACCAGACAACAAGGAGAUAUGAUGGUGCAUAUUGGUUUUAUGCAUGGAAUGUCUUUGUUAUGAUAUGAUAUGAUAUGAUUAUGCUAAGGGAAAUGCUAGUUGUACAAUAUUAAUCAGCCUUUAAUCAGCCUUUAAUCAAAUUUAAAUAAUAUUUAAUUAUUUUUUUAGUGUAGUAUGUUCCUAUUUUGUAGAUACAUAUCUAUAAUUAGAUUUUAAUUUAAAUUUAAAUUUUAAAACC